AUGGCUACAUCGAACUUACAUAACCAAGAAUUCGACGAAUCAGACGAAGACGACCAGGAUUUCAGCGCCGGAAUUGCGCAUGGCGACCAAGAUGCCGAAGGGGAACCUGAUGAUGAGGUCAACGCAGUCCCCGUAGCUGUGGACGACGAAGAGGAGGAAGAUGACGAGGAAGAGGAUGACGAUGACGAUGAGGACGAUGAUGAGGACGAGGAGGAAGACGAGGAGGUCGAGCCUCGAAGAAAGCGCCACCGCAAAACCCCGCGAAAUAUGUUCGUGGAUAUCGAAGCAGAAGUCGACGCGGAGGAUGACGAUCUCGAGGAUGAUGAUGAAGAUCGCGCGGAGGAUGGCUUUAUUGCUGAUGAUGGGGAGCAGCCUGAACUAAAUGAUCUGAGAAUGUACCCGCGCGACGACCACCGUCAUCGUGAGCUUGAUCGAAAAUUCGAGCAGGAAAAGGCGGAGGAUAUGGAAGCGCUUGCGGCUGGAUUCAAGGAGCGACACGGAAGAUCCUCGAGGCGUAAUCUGGGAGAUUCCCAGGUGGUACCGAGGCGUUUACUGCUGCCCUCGGUUCAUGAUAAUAGUAUCUGGGGUGUCAAGUGUAAGCCUGGGAAAGAGAGGGAGAUCAUAUUCUCCAUCUUAAAGAAACAAGAGGAGAGCGAGAUGACGAAAACGCCAUUACAGAUCACCAGCGCGUUCGAGAGAGGGAACACUAUGCCGGGAUAUAUCUAUCUUGAGGCAAGGAAACAGGCAGAUGUGAUGCACGCUCUUAAAGGCGUUUCAUUCGCAUACCCGAUGACAAAGAUCUUACUGGUUCCAAUCAAGGAAAUGCCUGAUCUGUUGUAUGUUGUCAAGAAGGCUGAGAUCACCCCUGGAACUUGGGUUCGCUUCAAGCGCGGCAAGUAUCAAGGUGAUCUUGCGCAGGUUGAGAACGUCCUUGCUAGUGGUCUCGAAGUUCGGAUUCGUAUGGUUCCCAGACUUGAUUACGGCAAUAAUCCAGAUGACAACGACAACCUUCCACCAGGCGUAAAAAGGAAGCGAAAUCCUUUUGGAAAUAAAGGAAAUUCUCUCGUUGGACGGCCGCCGCAAAGACUUUUCUCCGAGAUUGAUGCUCGGAAGAAUCAUACCAAGUAUCUUCAACAAGGCACAACCACCUCAGCCGGAAAGAAGAAUUUCACAUAUCUCGGUGACGAAUAUGAAGAUGGUUUCCUCGUUAAGGAUGUGAAGCUUAGUUUGGUCCAGACCGAAAACGUUAACCCAACACUUGAAGAGGUGUCAAAAUUCGCAUCCUCCACUGGCGAUGACGGGACCGAGAAUUUGGAUCUAGGCGCACUUGCACAAUCAUUGAGAAACACACAGUCCAGUUAUCAGCCUGGAGACACUGUUGAAGUUUAUGACGGUGAACAGCAGGGUGUCAUUGGGAAGGUUACCAGUGUCCAAAAUGAUAUCGUCACCAUGGAUGUGACCGAAGGGGACCUUAGGGGGAAAAGAAUUGAGAUUCCUUCCAAGGGUCUACGAAAGAAGUUUAGAGAAGGUGAUCACGUCAAGGUUACCGGAGGAAGUAAAUACAGAGAUGAAGUAGGAAUGGUUGUUAGAAUGGUUGAAGACAAGGUCACUAUUCUCAGUGAUCUGAAUAUGAAUGAAAUUACGGUCUUCUCAAAGGAUUUAACGGAGGCGAGCGAUGCAGGUGGAGUCAGUCAAACGGGUAAAUAUGAUUUACACGAUUUAGUCCAGCUUGACAUGGCUACUGUAGCCUGUGUGACAAAAGUAGACCGCGAUUCUCUGCGUGUGCUUGAUCAAAACGGCAACAGCCGUAUGAUAGUUCCCUCACAGAUUUCAAACAAAAUCAACAAUCGUCGAAAUGGAGUUGCAACGGAUCGUAACAAUUCCGAGAUCCGCGUUGGCGAUACUGUGAAAGAGGUUGCCGGUGAAACUCGUACAGGUGUAAUUCUGCACAUCUUUCGAGCUUUCGUCUUUCUUCACAAUCGUGAACAGGCCGAGAACUCUGGUGUGUUCGUGACCAGACAAAACGCCGUUGCCACGAUCGUCGCCAAGGGUGGUAGAGUUGCCACACAGACCGGUCCAGAUCUCACGAAGAUGAACCCAGCGCUUCAGAGGAACGGAAGGCCUCAGAAUGCACCUAUGGCCCCGCCGCCAAAAGUUGGGGGGAGGGACAGGACAAUUGGUCAGACUAUUAUUAUUAGAAUGGGGCCUCAGAAAGGGCUUAUGGGAAUUGUAAAGGAUGCUACAGACCUACAGGCGAGAGUAGAGCUACAUACGAAGAAUAAGACGAUUUCUAUUGACAAGGAGAAGUUGGGCUUUAAAGAUCCAAUCACUGGCACAAUCCGUAGUUAUCAGGAAUUUAUCCGUCCGGGCGGCCGUGGUGAUGGUGGAGGGCGAGGUGGAGGAGACCGUGGAGGUCACGGAGGUUCAGGUCCUCCUAGAGACCAGCCAUCCUGGGCCUCUCAAAGCGGUAGCCGUACGCCUCAGGUCGAUCACAGUGGUAGCCGCACACCGGCCUGGAUGGCUGGUGGCUCUAGAACCCCUGCUUGGAUGGCCGGUGGUGACGGUGGGCGUACACCUGCUUAUACGGCUGGAGGGAAAACGCCUGCUUGGGGAAUGGACGGAAGUCGCACUUCAUAUGCCGGAAAUCGUACUCCAGCAUGGAACCCAUCCUCCCGUACCCCAUAUAUUGGUGACUCGGAACGCAGCGCUUGGGAUGCCGGUUCUAAGACACCCGGUCGCCCUGACUCAUUCAUGGAUGGUCCUUCCACGUCGUCUUACAGUGCCCGCACACCUGGAGCCUAUAAUGCUGCAUCCCCGGAUUUUGCUCCACCUUCAUAUUCAUCCAAGGAAAUGUCCGCACCUACCCCUGGGAAUCCCAUGUCCGCACCUACACCUAGCGCUAUAUCAGCACCCACCCCAGGUCCGAUGUCAGCGCCAACGCCAAGAGACUCUGGUAGUGGAUGGGCUGACACCGCACCUACGCCUGCACCUUAUGGCGCUGCCCCGACACCAGGUGCAUCGGGAUACGCAGCCAGGGACCCCAGAGGUGGGUAUUACCAAGGCGCGCCAACACCAGCUGCAGGAUACGGAAACCCGAGGACUCCAGGCGUGUGGGCAGGUGAUGAUGAUGAAGUUAGGUAUGCGGAGCCAACGACCCCUUAG